UCGCGAGGCUUCGCGCCUUCCUGGUCACUGGUGGGUUUUGCCCGGAGAGGGAGGGAGAACGAGCUCUACGUCAAAUCUUAGCAAAGUUCUUUUUUAAAACAUUAAGUUUAAUUGAUUAAUUCGGAAUCGUGGGAUUGAUUGUCUAUUAAAUUUACUCAGUGGAUUUAUUCGCCCAAUAAAAGGUAGCUGAACAUGCCUUCUCUGAAGUACCAGAUAGGGGACAAGGUGAUGGGCCGCUGGCCCGGCAGCAGCCUGUACUACGAGGUCAAGGUGCUGGGCUUUGACGGCAAAAGUCGCCUCUACACCGUUAUCUACAAGGAUGGCACAGAGCUGGAGCUCAAGGAGCAGGACAUCAUGAGUCUGACCAGCUUUCAGGUGCGCACUCGCUCACGUUCCCGCUCCAACUCCCGCUCGCCCGGCCGUCGCCGCAGCCGCUCGCGCUCCCCUGCCAGGACCACCCGCCGCUCGUCCUCCCGCACAGCAGCAGCCGCCGCAGCAGCCAGCGCGGCCGCGGCGGAGAGCACGCCGUCUUCUCGCGGGGAUGCCAAGCUGAAGCAAGCUGCAGAGGUCAAGCUCAGCCCGAUGCAGCAGGACAAGGCAACCGAGAACAACAGCAACGACAAACAUCAGAGGAAGGAGGAGAACAACACGGCCAGCAAGGUAAACGAGUCUGGCGCUAAGGUGGAAGCCGAUCCUGAGAAGAACCAGGGCCGGUAUAACCUGCGGCGCAGGAAGGACGAUGGAGAUGCCAAAGCAGCCGAGGCCAAAUCAGAGGAGGAGGAAGAGGUGUCUGCGGCUCCUGCUCCUGCCGCUGCUGCCCCCGCCUCCACCCCUCUGGACUUUGGAGGGAAGAUGGGAGCCUUGUUCUGGACGCUCUUCCUGCCGGCCUGGGUUCUCUUUCUGGUCCUCCAGGUGAACCAGAAGGACCCCAGCCUGGCCAACUUCCCCCCUGCUCUGCCGCCUCUGGAAGCCUUCUGGGACCCUCAAGCUCUGGGCUUCGUUGUCCUCUGGAUUGCCUUCCAGGCUCUGCUCUACGUUCUGCCUGUUGGGAAGCUGAGUGAAGGCGUUCUGCUGAGGUCUGGCAAGAGGCUCAAAUACAGAACCAACGGCUUUUUUGCCAUGGUGCUCAGCGCUGCGGUGGCAGCAGCAGCAGUCUACCAGGGAGUGGACCUCACCUACAUCCACAGCCACUUCCUGCAGCUGACCACCGCCUCCUUCCUGAUCUCCACGCUGCUCAGCGUCUAUCUGUACGUCCGCUCCCGCUCCGCUGGCCCCGAUGAGCGGGCUCUGGGCGGGAACUCAGGCAACGUGAUCUACGACUUUUUCAAAGGCCGCGAGCUGAAUCCCCGCAUCAAGGAGUUUGACCUGAAGUUCUUCUGUGAGAUGCGCCCGGGGCUGAUUGGCUGGUGUCUGAUCAACUUCGCCCUGGCGCUGGCUGAGAUGAAGCAGCAGAACCUGGACAUGCCGUCGUAUUCCAUGAUCCUCGUCAAUGUCUUCCAGCUCCUCUAUGUGGUGGACGGCUUGUGGAACGAGGAGGCCAUCCUGACCACCAUGGACCUGAUGCAUGAUGGUUUUGGCUACAUGCUGGCUUUUGGCGAUCUGGUGUGGGUCCCUUUUACUUACACCCUGCAGGCUAAUUACCUGGUUAGUCACCCCAACCCCCUGAGCCUCCCCGUACUUGCAGCCAUCGUCGUUCUCAAACUUGUUGGAUUCUACAUAUUCAGGAAAUCAAACUCUGAGAAAAACGCCUUCAGGAGAAACCCAUCAGACCCCAAACUGUCCCAUUUGAAAAGGAUCCCCACUGCUACAGGGAAGAGUCUGCUGGUGUCAGGCUGGUGGGGAGUGGUCCGCCACCCUAACUACCUGGGAGACCUCAUCAUGGCUCUGGCCUGGUCCCUACCAUGUGGCUUCAGCCACCUCCUGCCCUGGUAUUACAUGAUCUACUUCAUCAUCCUGCUGGUGCACAGAGACUCCCGCGACAUGAACGAGUGCAGGCGGAAGUACGGCUCGGCGUGGGACGAGUACUGCCGAACGGUGCGCUACCGGAUCAUUCCCCGCGUCUACUGAGGACCCCAGCCCCCGGACAGAACAGGGCCGAGCAGCAAGACCCCCUCCGGAAGGACCGACUGACUCCUUUAAUAACUUGUACAACAUUUGAAAUCUUAAAUCUCAAUUGAAGAAGCUUUGAUUUAUUAUAUUUUUUUGUAAUGAAUAGGAAAAAAGGACUAUUAUAUUUUGGACUUUUUUUUAAGAACUGCCUUUUUAAUAGAAAAGUAUUUUAAAAAAUAAAAAGUUUACAAAAGGGGAAAACAUACAAAAAAGAAAACGCCUCUUGUUGGAAUAUGUCGUUAGGAUGUACUGUAUAUUUAUGUACAUACACGUGUUUUUUUUUUUUUUUUUUUACACUUCAGAGAGCAACACACCACACGCAAACUCUUUGUCCCUUUUCUUGAAAUAAGUUGCCCGUAGCGGCCAUUAGCAGCUUGGCUUCUCUAGUCCUCGUUCCUGUUCUAACCCGGUGUAUAUUGUGAAGGAUGGGACUUCCCUCAGUGAUGAUCUAAAGUGGAACUGUGACUCAUGUUAAGACUCAGGACUCCCAGGUCAUUUUUCUUUUCUUUUAAAAUCUAUAGAAAUCUAGUUUGGACUUCAGCGUGUCGAAUGAUUUUAGAGGUGUCAUGAAAAGCGCACUAAUGGGUUUUUCUUGCAUCACCGGUUCCAAAGUGUAAUUGAUUGGCUUUGCUACCUCGGGUUCACUCACUGUCCACUUCAACCCUCGUCUGGGCCCUCCAGGUGGCGCCGUGUCUAAUUACGAGUGCAACAUGGGUGCAAAAACAAGUGGAACUUGUUCUCUUUUAACAGCGACAUAUAUAUAUAUAUAUAUAUAUAUAUAUCUAUAUAUAUAUAUAUAUAUAUAUAUAUAUAUCUCCUUAUGAGUUGGAUGGUGCUAUUAUUGAUCACAAACUGAGUUGGUUCUAAGUGACCCUGCGAUGCCACUUACUAUCGUUAAUGUUACUCAUUGUAAGCUUUAACUUUCCAUGUGAUAAUUGAAGGAAGUUCAUACUGUGACGCCGUGCUGAGCCGUUACAGGCGUUCGCAUUUCAGAGCUGUCCAAACCUCCAGCCGUGUGUUUUGCAUGUUCAGCUGUAGAUCAUCAUACCAGUAGCAAUGCAUCCGCUAGAUUAAGUAGCUUUGUUUUCUAAAAUGCUGUGCUGACUGAAUAUCUUGUAAAUAAUUUUUAAUCAUGUGAUUUAUUUUUCUAAGUAUAGAAGUGACAAUAGUAAAAUUGCAAUGUUUCGGAGUAGCUAUUUAAUGUUGCUUUCAUUUGUAAUUUCUUUGGGAUGUUUUUUUUUUUUAUUUAAUUUUGACAACUGUAUUUAUGUUUACACCCAGGUCUGCCAGGCUUCUGGAUAACAUUUCAUUUUGGAAGCAGUUUAGAGUUGCCUCGACCCCGUUUGCUGCAGAACAUCAGACGUUCUAGUGGGAAGCAGUGGGUUGGGAUGCACACGACUAAAUAUCGUUAACAGAUCCAGUGGGGCUGAUUGUGAGGAUGAAUCCAGUUUAGCAGCUAGGUGAAGCUUAUCUGUACAAAUGUUGCAGCAUCAAAUAAAGAUUUUCAGUAUUUUCUUGUC